UACUCUACAAGAAAGAGUAUUUCUACCAACCGAAAAAAAAAUAAAAUAAAAACAAAAAUUGAAGCAAUACGUACAGGAAUUGUUCUUACGUCUAUCGCUUGAAACAAAACCACCGCUUGGCUUUUUUAUUGACACGCAUACUUUAUCGUUAUAAACCAAAAAUUCUCUCUUUCCAAUCCUAAAAUAUUCAACCUCGUACUGAUAGCUGCAUACAUGAUAUGGCUGAGCAUCGACAUCAUCGUGCAACCAUGAUCAGUCAACUAAACCCGCCACCACAUCCUAGCUCUCUUCCUCCGCCAACACCGCCGCAUAUGAUAUCUAACAUUAGAAAGACUCAAAAACUCACCACCACUAGCUCCUCGUCCUCCGGCAGACGACCCACCAGUGGAAAACACCCAAUUUACCGCGGAAUAAGGAGCCGAAGUGGCAAAUGGGUAUCGGAGAUUCGUGAGCCACUAAAGACUACUCGUAUAUGGCUAGGCACACAUCCUACGCCGGAAAUGGCAGCUGCAGCCUAUGACGUGGCAGCUCUUGCCUUAAAAGGCAGUGAAACAGCAGUUAACUUUCCGGAAUAUGUUAGCUAUUAUCCGGUGCCACUUUCACCUUCCGCGCCAGAUAUUCAAAGAGCAGCCGCCAGCGCGGCGGCGUUGAUGAAGUUGGAGAGUGGCGCAGAGGCUGUCUCUGGACAGCCCACGAACGAUGAUUCAGUAAAUGAAUUAACUGUGAAUAAUGGACAUGAUUUUGUAGAUGAGGAGGCACUGUUUGAAAUGCCUAAUCUACUGUUGGAAAUGGCAAAGGGAAUGCUGGUUAGCCCACCAAGAAUGACGUCGCCACCGCCGUUGAGUGACACGCCGGGAAAUUCCGAUACUGAAAGUCUGUGGAGCUAUUAAUAACAAGCUUUUGAAUAUUUUCUUGAAAUUAACUAGGCAUGCAUAUUGCAGAGAAUUAAUUGCUCGAAGUCAUUUACAAGAUUGCUGAUUAAUCUCUUGUACGGAUUUCUUGUUGAAAGUAAAUUCCACAAAUAUUUGACAUUAUACAACAAUCUUU